GGCCUCAGCCGGGCUUCCCGGGCCCAGGUCGCGGCGUCCCGGCUAGUCAGCUGUUUCUCCCCUGGGCACCAGAGGCGGAAGCCGAAAGGACGCAGGGAGGGGCUUCGCGCGCGGGGUGAACGCCCGUCCUACGUGCUCGUUCGCCUCGCGACCGCUGUGCGCGAGUCCGGUGUCCCCGCGGCGGGCAGCAGCGGCGGCGUCGGUGGCACUCGGAGGGGGCGGAGGGAGUCUGCGGCGGCGGCGGCUGCAGCAGCGAAAUGGCGGAGACCGUGGCGGACACCCGGCGGCUGAUCACCAAGCCCCAGAACCUGAAUGAUGCCUACGGGCCGCCCAGCAACUUCCUCGAGAUCGAUGUGAGCAACCCGCAGACGGUGGGGGUCGGCCGGGGCCGCUUCACCACCUACGAAAUCAGAGUCAAGACAAAUCUGCCUAUUUUCAAGCUGAAGGAAUCUACUGUUAGAAGAAGAUACAGUGACUUUGAGUGGCUGCGAAGUGAAUUAGAAAGAGAGAGCAAGGUUGUAGUUCCCCCACUCCCUGGAAAAGCAUUUUUGCGUCAGCUUCCUUUCAGAGGAGAUGAUGGAAUAUUUGAUGACAAUUUUAUUGAAGAAAGGAAGCAAGGGCUGGAGCAGUUUAUAAACAAGGUCGCUGGUCAUCCUCUGGCACAGAAUGAACGUUGUCUUCACAUGUUUUUACAGGAUGAAAUUAUAGACAAAAGCUAUACUCCAUCUAAAAUAAGACAUGCCUGAAAUUUGGUGAGAAGGGGCAAAAAAAAAAAAACUUUCCGUGACGAUUAAUGAUCCAUAUGCACCAGUGGAGAAGUUCUAUCUAACUUUUAGCAUGCUGCACAGAAACUGGUAGAACAUGCCUUCAGUAUACUAACAUUCAUAUGCUCAGUUGUGUUUUGUUUUGUUUGGCAGUUGACAAGAAGUUAAUUUGCUUUAGUGAAAAAUUCCUCGUUCCAGCUUUUCUAGCUCUUCCUUGCUGUUUUAAUGUGGUUCACGCUAUAGCCCCACAAACCCGUUAUCCAGUAUAAUCUGCAGUGUCCUAACUAAAGUUACUGACUUGGUCUUA